AUGGCAAACGAUGGUUACAGUUUUGUUGAAGAUCUUAGUGUGGCUAGCAAUUUCUGGAACAUGAAGGCCCGAAUCAUACGUAAAUGGGAACAAACCUUCAAGGUGGACAUGAUUCUUCUCGAUGAGAGGGGUAAGAAAAUACAAGCACAAUGUAAGAACCAAUUGUUGAGUGAUUUUGGGCAAUAUCUUAAAGAAGACUCCACCAUUGUGAUCCGAAGGUUCGGUGUGGCUGAGCAAAGAGAUAAGUAUCGUGUGCUUCCUCUGAAUUAUAAGAUAAACUUAUUCAAGUGUUCCUCCAUCCAAACUGUAACUUCCUUUCAAGGCCAUCCUUAUGGCUUUGAUUUUGUUCCUUUUGAUGAAAUCAAUGACAACAGGGCACGUGACAGAUUUACCAUUGAUGUAAUGGGAAGGAUCUCUUCGUGUGGUGACCUUGACAUCUUCAGGAAUAAAGAAAAGGAAAGCAAAAGGAUGAACUUUGAGUUGCAAUAUUUGGCUGGGCAAAUUAUCAAGUCUACUCUAUGGGGAAAGUAUGCUGAGCAAUUGAACAAGUUCAUUUGCAAUAACAAGUCAACAGAGAUGGUGAUUGCUAUCCUUCAACAUGCUAAAUUGAAGAGAUUUAACAGAAAGCUCACUGUCCAGAAUGACAUAUAUGGAACUAGACUAUUCCUUAAUGAAGACAUCCAAGAAGCUAAUGACUUGAGGAGGGGGUACAAUGCUUUCUCUAUAGCUAAUUUUUUUCAGGAAGUAAAUGAAAUCCUCAUUUUGAGAGAUGGUGUUGGUGAUGCUUCACAAACCAUCCUUGAGUCCCAGACUGUUUAUCCUUUCCAUAAAGAGUUUGUUGUCAACACUGUCAAGAAGCAUGUGGAUGAGAUUGGGGAUUGUCAUGAGGAAGCACAUUAUGUUGUUCUUGCUACAAUAAGGAUGAUUGAAGAGGAUGUUGGUUGGUUUUAUGUUGCCUGUCGUCAACAUAAUAAGAAGGUGUUGACUAAGGAAGAAUUUCUGGAACAAGCUACUGAAAUUCCAAGCCAUUUUCUUGAAGCCACAAUAGACAGUCUUUGGUGUCUUGCUUGCAAUGACAUUGCCACAUCUUUUGUCCCAAAGUACAAGCUUCAAUUCAGAGUCCAAGAUCACGCAGGUUCUUGCUCUUUGGUGAUGUUCGACAAAGAUGUUGCUAAACUCAUUGGUUUGUCUGCAAAUGAUAUUCGAGAGAGACAAAUAAGGUCAGGUGAGGUUGACACUUUCCCUCAUGAGCUCAAUGUCUUGCUAAACAAGCUCUAUGCUUUCAAUAUCUCCAUUGCAAAGUACAAUUUUGAAAAGGAUUACUUGGUGUACACUGUGGCAAAAGUUUGUCGAGACCCUGAAAUAAUUGAGGAACUACAAGAAAAUGAUGAAGAUGAUGAGGGAACCUAUGGUGCUAUUCCAAAAAAAAGUAAUAAAUUUUACCAACAUGGUCCCAACAACAAAGACAAGAUGGUCCCAACAACAAAGACAUACCAUAUAUGUAUAUAUGCUUACAAAAGGAUUCUGACAACAAACUUCAAAUUAUAUUCUUUAACUCACAAAAAGGCUACAUCGGUUGAAACACAUGGGUUGAGUCCAAAUUAA